AUGUUACCGAUGGAAGUACUAGCUGAAGAGCGAACAUCCUUGUACUGGCGUAGGAAAGCAGAAUUGCUGAGUCCCGAAGAGCUGGCGACCGAGGAGCGACAUGGAUGCUUCAGGGCCUAUCUUCAUAAAUUUAAGCAUGAAGAUUCUGCCGAGUGCCCUCAUUGUGCUGGGGAAUUCGAAGAUGCAGAUCACGUAUUCUUCAAGUGCCCCCGUUUCGACGAAGCCCGGAAUGAGUGGGAAUAUCAACUGGGGAGGAAAGUCCUCCCGGAAGUAUUGACGGAAGCGAUGCUGUCAUCACAAGCAGCCUGGGAAGCAACGAGCAACUUUGCAACACAAGUCUUGAAAGAGCUCAGAGACGAGGAACGCAAGCGGAAAGCUGCAUAUAGUGAAAAUUUUGGAACCUCCUAA